GCAGCACCGCCGGGGCCUGGGCGCCACGCGCCGCAGGCUGGGGAAGGCGCCUCGCCGGCCCCCGCGCUGACGCCAGCGCAACGGCUGGCACCGGCGCCGCGGCAGACGCCAGACCAGCAGCUAGACGACUUCUACCGGCGCUGUGUGAUGCAGCGAAUGGACGGGCACGUCGAGAUCUCGCUGGCGAAGCAGAGGAUGACAGACGAGCCCUUCGCCGUGUUCUGCGACUGGGCCAAGGCGAAUUUGCGACGAGUGUUGCGCAGACCGCCUCAAGAUCUGUCCUUCGACUUUGCCGAGAAUUGCAUAGGUAAUCGGGGCUGCGCGGCUUUGGCGUCGCUGCUGGACCAGUUGAGUAUGCCUGUGUAUCAGGUGAAGCUGUUCAAGAACCACGUGGGUGACGAGGGCGCGGGCCACAUCGCAGGGUUCCUCCUGACGAAUCGCAUGCACGAGCUGCACCUCAGCCACAACAGCAUCACUCCCAUUGGCGCGCAGAAGCUGCUCGGGACCACCCGCAGGAGGAAAAGGAGGGGAAGGAGAAGUUGGCUUGCAGAAUUUUCGAGCUAUCGAAUGUGA